GACAAACUCGCCACCAGCAAAUGGGCGCCAGAGGUUCUCCAAGAUCCCGGUUUCUUAGGGCGGUAAAGGCGGGAAGAGAUGGGGAAGGGGCGAUGGACUAGAGGGAUAAGCUCUGAGUCAUGAGAAGUGUGGCUCUGUGAAGAGGCCUAGCUUUGUUAAAGAAAAACCCCACAAGUGUUUUAGUGACAGAUCGGAAACUACAUUUCCCAGCAUCCUUAUGGUGAGAGAACUUCAUUGUCCGAAAGCCUCUGCGAGAAUCAACAACAUUCCGCUUCCCUUUGCUGACCCGGAGCUCCGAGAAUAUGAGGAACCGCUGGAUUUGGCGGUUCCUGCGUCCCGAGUGCAGUGGAAUCCGCUGGAUUUCAAGUCCCCACGGGCGUCUGUCACCCGCCCUGCGGAGAGGUUUCUUGACCACUACAACUAAGUCGGAUUAUGAUAGAAGGCCAGUGGAAAUAACUCCUUUAGAACAAAGAAAAUUAACUUUUGAUACCCAUGCAUUGGUGCAGGACUUGGAAACUCAUGGAUUUGACAAAGGGCAAGCACAGACGAUUGUGUCGGUCCUAAGUACGUUAUCAAAUGUCAGCCUGGAUACUGUCUACAAGGAGAUGGUGACGAAAGCCCAACAGGAAAUAACCAUCCAGCAGCUAAUGGCUCAUUUGGAUUCCAUCAGAAAAGACAUGGUCAUCCUAGAGAAAAGUGAAUUUGCAAAUCUGAGAGCAGAGAAUGAGAAAAUGAAAAUUGAACUAGAUCAAGUUAAGCAGCAGCUGAUUAAUGAAACCAGUCGAAUCAGAGCAGACAAUAGGCUGGACAUCAACCUGGAGCGGAGCAGAGUGACAGAUAUGUUCACAGAUCAAGAAAAACAACUUAUGGAAGCAACCAAUGAAUUUACCAAAAAGGAUAUGCAAACUAAAAGUAUUAUUUCAGAGACCAGUAAUAAAAUUGACACUGAAAUCGCUUCCUUAAAAACACUGAUGGAGUCGAGCAAACUUGAGACAAUUCGUUAUCUUGCAGCCUCGGUGUUCACUUGCUUGGCGAUAGCACUGGGGUUUUAUAGGUUCUGGAAGGAGAACUGACCCUCCUGUUGCUGCUGCUGGUCACUCCAUAGAAUGUACUUACUACAAACUCUUCAAAGAACUUGUAGACUAAAUGGAGUGUUUUGGUAUUUUAUUUUUAUGUUGUACAUCUUUAUGUUGAAAAGCUCUAACUCAAAGCCUGGCUUGAGAUAGAAGUGCACUUGGUCCUUAUCCUCUGACAACUAUAGCAAUAAAAAGUUUUGCAUUUGACCUUUGUAAGUGAAAUAGGAUUUGUUAUCAGAUUACAUUCUUGUAAACAGUUCUGUAGUCUAUACACUUGCUGGAUUUUAUUUUCUUGGUUAUUAUUGCAAUUAGAUUUUUAUAUAAAAUAAAAUACUAUAACAAA